GGAAUGUGUAAGGGAUUCAUUUUUAUCAUUGAGAAUCAGUAGCAACAAUUAUUUUUGAGAUCAUUUUGAAAACUAUGCCCAUACUAUAAGACAAUAUAUUUAUGUUAUGACUUUCCACAGCUUUGAAAUAUCAUUAUAAUCUAUAACACGUGAUUUAACAAAUAACCUUUUUGUUAAAAUAUAUAGUAAUACAGGGCUUUUUUGUAUGUAUACAUUGGAUAGGACAGGAAAUUAUAGGAUGGGAGAGAGAGGGAACCGGUAGCCGGGAUAUGAACUUGUUUCACGUAAUACAGGACUUUUAACGUGAUUUUGACUUUAAACGUCUCCACCGUGGUUGUUUAUUAUGCGGGAUUACAGCGACAUCUAGCGCCAGAUGUGUGAAUUUUCGGUCGUCCCACUGUCAUUUCCCUUCGUGAAUCCGCACUGCUGUCGUGUCGGUGUGGGUCUAUGAUGCUGAGAUUGGGCUUCGCACGAUCUCCAUCAUCAAGCACCGCUAGACACAUCGCACAGCCCAGGCUCUUCGCCGGAUCUCCUCUGCUCAAAAACAAGCCUUACACGUUAUAUAAGAGUUCUUCACCUGCGAAGGCCCUCCAGUUUGUCCGCAAGUCAGUGUGGGUCAGUUUCAGAUUGUCCUGGGACAGUUUCAGGUCUUCUGGAGCCGUUGGCUUCAGCAUGGCAUCAGGGGGUGAUAGAACAACCAGAUCGAAGCCUCCAAAACACACCAAUCGCCUGAGUAAGGAGAAGUCCUCAUAUCUACUGCAGCAUGCACACAACCCUGUGGAUUGGUAUCCGUGGGGACAAGAGGCCUUUGACAAAGCAAAGAAUGAAGACAAACCCAUUUUUCUAUCAGUGGGUUAUUCCACCUGUCACUGGUGUCACGUGAUGGAGAGGGAGUCGUUUGAAGAUGAGGAGAUCGGAAAAAUCCUCAGCAAGAACUUUGUGUGCAUGAAGGUGGACAGAGAGGAGAGGCCCGACGUUGACAAAGUUUAUAUGACGUUUGUGCAGGCAACCAGUGGCGGCGGUGGUUGGCCAAUGAGCGUGUGGCUUACACCAGAUCUCAAACCAUUCAUAGGCGGCACAUACUUCCCACCCAGAGACAUGGGAAGAACACCUGGACUAAAAACGAUGCUUUUGCGGAUUAUAGAACAAUGGCAGAGUAACCGAGAAACCCUUGAGUCCAGUGGAGAGAGAGUGGUAGAAGCCCUUAGGAAGGGGACAGCAAUCUCUGCCAGCCCUGGAGAAACUCCUCCAUCCGGUCCAGAUGUUGCCAACAGAUGUUUCCGGCAGCUGGCUCGCUCCUAUGAGGAAGAAUACGGUGGCUUUAGAGAAGCACCCAAGUUCCCCACACCAGUGAACCUGAUGUUCCUGAUGUCAUUCUGGGCAGUAAAUCGUGCCACCUCUGAGGGAGCAGAAGCGUUGCAGAUGGCCCUUCACACUCUCAGAAUGAUGGCACUAGGUGGCAUUCAUGACCAUGUGGCACAGGGUUUUCAUCGAUACUCCACAGAUACCUCCUGGCAUGUUCCUCACUUUGAGAAGAUGUUGUAUGAUCAAGGACAGCUUGCUGUGGCUUAUAUCACUGCUUACCAGGUGUCUGGGGAAUGCCUUUUUGCAGAUGUGGCUCGUGACGUGUUGCUCUACGUCUCCAGAGACCUAAGCGAUAAGUCAGGUGGCUUCUAUAGCGCUGAGGAUGCAGAUUCCUUUCCCAAGGCUGAGUCCGCUGAGAAAAGAGAGGGAGCGUUUUGUGUGUGGACAGCAGGAGAGAUCAGAGAGCUGUUUCCUGAUAUCGUGGAAGGCGCCACAGGGGGCGCGACACAGGCAGAUAUCUUUAUGCAUCAUUAUGGUGUGAAAGAGCAAGGAAAUGUGGAUCCCGGUCAGGACCCCCACGGAGAGCUGCAGGGGCAAAAUGUGCUGAUCGUGCGUUACUCGGUGGAGCUCACCGCUGCUCAUUUUGCCAUCAGCGUGGACAGACUGUCCGAUCUUUUAGCACAUGCCAGGGCCAAGCUGGCUGAGGUGCGGAGGGCCCGUCCUCCUCCUCACCUAGACACCAAAAUGCUUGCCUCCUGGAACGGACUGAUGUUAUCUGGCUUUGCACGUGUUGGAGCCGUGCUGGGAGAUAAAGCUUUGCUCGAACGAGCUGAACAAGCAGCUUGCUUUCUCCGGAAACACCUGUGGGACUACGAGGACCAGAAGAUUCUCCAUUCCUGUUACGGUGGAAAUAACAUGGAAGUAGAGCAAGUUGCUUCCCCCAUCGCCGGGUUUCUGGAUGAUUAUGCCUUUGUGGUGUGUGGGUUGCUGGAUCUGUUCGAGGCCACGCAGAAGGUCCGCUGGCUGGAGUGGGCAGAGGAACUCCAGCAGAGACAAGAUCAACUCUUCUGGGAUUCUCAGGGGAGUGGAUACUUCUGCAGCGAUCCUUCAGAUCCAACACUGCUGCUGUCACUUAAACAGGAUCAAGACGGUGCUGAGCCCAGCGCAAACUCAGUCUCGGCUAUGAACUUGCUGCGGCUCUCCCACCUCACAGACAGGCGGGACUGGAUUCAAUCUUCUCAUCAUCUAUUGGCUGCCUUCUCUGAUAGACUGCUUAAGGUGCCAAUCGCCCUUCCAGACAUGGUUCGAAGUCUCAUGGCCCAACAUUACUCCCUUAAACAGAUUGUUAUCUGUGGCCAGCCUGAUGCGGAAGACACUUUGAGUUUGAUUUCCACUGUCAACUCCCUUUUUCUGCCUCAUAAAGUCCUGAUGUUGGCCGAUGGUAACACAGAGAGCUUCCUUUAUAAAAAGCUGCCCAUCCUCUCCACCCUUGUUCUUAAGGACAGCAAGGCCACGGCCUACGUGUGUGAGAACUUCACCUGCGCUCUCCCCAUCACCUGCCCUCAGGAGCUCAGGAGACUGCUGCUGGAGUGAGCAGCAUCCGUCACGCCACGCCAACAACGUGGGCUUCUAGAUAUCUCAAAUUACACUAGUAGAAAACUGCAUCCAUCACACAACAGUCAUAAAUGAAAUGCACCUUAAGAUAUUACAUUACAUAUUAUCAUAAUGUGAGGUGGAACGCUGAGACACUGUACCUUUUAUGGGUUAUUCUCAUGAGCACAAGUGAUUGACAUCCAGCGUUUUAAAAGAUCAAGCAUGUUUCUCCAUAACCUUUCUUUGCACUGCAGCUUUUCAAGUGUGUAUGAUCAACGUGCUGCACCCUAGAUAAAGAUUAAAAUACUGUAUAUGCAAAUGAGACACACAAUGUAUGUGUAAUUUAGAAUCUAAUAAAUGACUGAUCUGA